AUGUCAACCUCACGAAAUACAUACCACCAACCCUCAGCCGCCGAGCUCUUGCGCCUUAUGUACCCCGACGCCCACCCAAAUCCCAUGCAAGAUCUGGAGGAACGACUUACUGAAGUCGACAGCUCCUUGCUCUCGCUAAUUGUAUUCGAAACCGCAGGAGAGGAUGAAUAUGACGCGGCCCAGCAAGCGGAUAACGCGCUCAAGGCAUUCUUCGAAUACGUGCAGGCAGGCCGUGCUUUCAACAAUGCUCUUAAGUCCGCCCCACUGGGACAAAGGAUUGCUUAA